ACACGGACACACACUCCUCGGGCGAGCAGCGAACCCACCGGGAGGAUAUGGACCCAGUGACCGGAGCAGGGAGCGGGGAGCCGGGCUGGAUUCUAAGGACGAGCCGCUGUUUUUAAACCAUCAAACCUCCACUCUGCUGCUAAUGCUAAUGACACCUAGCUAAUUAGCAGGUGCGCUAACCAGGUGUAAUUCGGGUUCAGGUCCUGGGUUCACAAUGGCAGAGCUCCACCAGACGCCCACCUCACUGUGCUGCUGCCGUAAAUCGCUGCCGGUUUCUGGGGCCCGGCGCGUUGGAGACUCCGCUCGGCCCCCGGUAGGCCUGGGCCCAGAAUCUCCUCGAUGCCCCCUGGUGGACGUGGCCUCAGCGUCUAACUUCAGGUGCUUUCAGCUGCGACACUUCCACCUUGACCUGCGGCUGAACUUUGCUGUGAAGGAGAUGAGCGGCUGGCUGGUUCUGGACCUGAUCCCAGUCCAGCCGGGGGUCCACACCCUGGUGCUGGACUCCCAUUGCUCUCUGUUGAUCCACUCUAUCGACUGUAAGGCCCCGGGGGGCGGACAGGAGGAGCCCAUGUCCCUCACAUACCGAGUCGAUCCCUUCACAGACUACGGAUCUUCACUCAACAUCAGCCUCCCGCCAGCCGCUGUGAGACAAGGACGAAUAAUCCAGAUCACAGUCCGCUACAGCACCACAGACGGACCGGCGGUAAGAGACCAUGACACACACACUGUGGACCUCAGCUCUGUCCACGUUCUGGCCAGUCUCCGUCCAAUGUCUUUCCACAAUCUGUCCACACUGUCCACGUUCUGGCCAGUCUCCGUCCAAUCUCUGUCAACAUUCCACACACGUCUCCAAUGUGAACGCAGCUGAUUUAGUCAU